CACUGUACGUAUAAUCGCACUACCUUCACCUCUCUCCUCCCCAUUUCAACCCCCACGAUCUUCUUCCUACUCAAAAUUGAAAUACAACUCCAUGUUCAAUGUUCAUUCCGCAGCCAGCGCUAGUCCCCAAAGCUCCAUAGCCUAUCCUUUCCUCCACUUCCAAAAUCAGAUACAGCAAAAACAAGUUCUUAGUUUCUCCUUGUAUCUCUCUCCCCACCUUAUCAUUUAAAACAGCCAUAAAUAAAGAUGAGGCCUAAAUCCCAUCCAUUCGCCAACCUUAAGUUCCUGCUUCUUGGUGUAUUUAUUGCUUUCUUCCUCUUUUUUCUGCUAAGAUCAUGUUUCCCAACUUCCAACCAAAGCGAGUCCCUCAUUUCAUCAAAUUUCAUAACUAAUGCUUCAGGUCGUGUAACCAAAGAUGCAAAGGCAACAGAGUGCUCAACUUGCACCAAGAUCCCACCCACCCUAGCCCAAGUACUCAUUCACUACUCAACCUCAACCAUCACCCCGCAACAAACAUUCAAAGAGAUCUCAGUGACAGCAAGAAUUUUAGAAAAGAAAUCACCAUGCAAUUUCUUAGUCUUUGGCCUAGGCCAUGAUAGCCUAAUGUGGGCAGAACUCAACUAUGGUGGCCGUACAAUUUUCAUCGAGGAAGACGAGGCAUGGAUUCAGCAAAUCAAACGCCGGUUUCCCACUCUGGAGUCGUAUCAUCUGACAUACGAUAGCAAGGUGAAGCAUGCGAAUCAACUCAUCGAUGUUGGCAAGGGACCUGAGUGCACAGCACUUGGGGAUCCAAGAUACUCAAUCUGUCAACUCGCCCUGAAAGGUUUGCCUACUGAAGUUUAUGAAACAAAAUGGGAUCUGAUUAUGGUUGAUGCACCCACAGGUUAUUAUGACGAGGCUCCGGGAAGGAUGACUGCUAUAUAUACAGCCGGGAUGAUGGCAAGGAAUAGGGUGGAUGGAGAUCAAACUGAUGUGUUUGUGCAUGAUGUGAAUAGGGAGGUGGAGGAUAAGUUCUCCAAGGCAUUUCUCUGCGAUGGGUACAUGAGGAAACAAGUAGGCAGGUUAAGGCACUUCUCCAUUCCCAGCCACAGAGAUGGCUUGGACAGGCCGUUUUGCCCAGAAUAAUCCUAGCCCCGUGUGUUAUUUACAUAUGCCAUAUUGUUGGUCCCAUUUCCGGACAUUUGAGUAUCCUUUUUUGGCGGAUCGAAUAUGUUUCAAGCACAAAUUGGAAGAUCAGGCGGGUUUUCUAUGCAAUCGGGUCAAACUAUGGAAAACCUUUCGGAUAUAUACACUUCUAUUCUCUCUCGUUUUUUUGGGUCCUGAUCGUGUCCACUUUCAUCAUUUUAUUAAAAUUUGUGAAGCCACAAUAAGAGAAGCUGAUGGGUGUACAUUCUCAAGUGGCAUGCACCAAAAUCUGGUUUCUAGCAUAUAUAGAAAAUCCACUAGCUUUCCGACUUCAAU